UUUCGAAUUUUCACAUUUUAAAUGAAGAACCAACCAAAUAACGUAUAUCAUGAAUUAAUUUUGGUUUUAUGACAUUUUCUAACCAAAUUUAAAUGAAUAUGAGAUAACUUUUUUUAGCAAAAAAAAAACAUUGAUACAUUUUGUGGUUAAAUAAUCUAUAAAAAAAUCGUUUUUAAAGAGCAUACAAACUCUAGGCAUACAAACACCUCUACAAGCAACGUAGUCAUGGUUCAGAAUAAAUUUAAUUUGAUUGUUGCAGCAUGUGAAAAUUCGGGCAUUGGAUUUAAAGAUAAAUUGCCAUGGAGUUUAAAGAAUGAAUUGAAGCAUUUUCGCAAAAUGACCACAUCAACGGCGGAUCCGAUGAAAAAGAAUGCAGUCAUUAUGGGCCGUUUGACAUAUUUUGCGAUUCCAGAGAGUAAACGACCGUUGGCCAAUCGAUUAAAUAUUGUUUUAUCGAAUACAACGGCAGCUACCGACUAUCCACAUGAUGUGAUUCUUUGCUCCAGCUUAAAUGAAGCAAUGACAAAACUCAUUGGAACGGAUUUGGGUGCAAAUAUUGAAACAAUUUGGAUUUGUGGCGGUAGCCGAGUUUUUAAUGAAGCAAUGUCAUCAGAUUAUUGUCAUCGCAUCUAUUAUACUGACAUCAAGGCGCCGUUCGAAUGUGAUGUAUUCUUUCCAAAUAUUUCAAGUGCAUUCAAGAUUAUUCCGAAUGAUGAAGGCAUUCCAACUGAUGAACAAGAGGAAAAUGGAGUCAAAUAUCAGUAUAAAAUCUAUGAAAAGCAACAGUUGAACAACACAUUCUGAUUUUUUUUUUGUAUUUUAAUCCAAAAUACUAAAAAUAUUUUUAAGAGAAAAAAUGAUGUUUUUAUUUUUUUUCUCAAGAUUUUGCAUAAUACUCUGAUUGAUAAUAAAGAAUUA